GACUCUCCCCUUCAGCCGAAGAUCAACAACAUGUCCACCAACUGCCACCAAAGUAAAAGCUGUCCCAUCCCCACCGCAGUGCUCCUCAAAGACCUCUCGCAGUUGCCCGAUGUGUACAGCAGUACUCCGGGAGGGACCCUCUUCUCCACCACUCCCGGAGGGACAAGGAUCAUCUAUGACCGUAAAUUCCUGAUGGAAUGCAGAAACUCCCCCAUUGCCAGGACACCUCCUUGCUAUCUGCCCCAGAUCCCGGGGGUGACAUUGCCUCAACACUCCACACUGGCCAAAGUUGAGGAGAUGAAAGAGCACGAGGAGAUGGAGAAAGUUCCUGUGGAUGACGCCCAGUUCGACAUGGACAUUUGAAGCCCUUCCCUGGGAAAUAGAAGACUGUUCUUUUUGCCGGAAUGCCUGCGUCCGCUCCACUUGGGAAGACCGGAAGCUGUUUUGAAGCAUUUCAUAAACGGGAAAGGGGUGUGUGUGACUGAAUUUGGUAUAAGGUUCUUUCAGGCUGCUUUUUACAAAGGAGUUUCUGUUUUGGUAACUCUUUUAUUUUAAUGGUUCAUUACAUACACGGGACAUACAAGGGGCUCGUCUUGUCUUGUGAUUCGGACUCUCUCGACUGAUGCAUGUGUGUAUUUCGAAGUCGUUCAAUGUCAGAGGGCGAGUGGGCAAGCAACACAGCUCUCACAGUUCCGUGUUGGCAGCUGCUGGCUGUUGAGGCCAAGGAAACACGUUGCUGCCAUGCAGCUGUUCAAUAAAUCUUAUAAAU